UUUCUAUAUUAUAUCAUAUUGAAAACUUAGUGUGAAAACAUGCCUAUUUUUAUAGGCUGUUUCUGACAGUAGAGUACAAAAGGAAUUUAUAAGUGAUUAGUGCUAUCCUUGCAUAUGAGCCUUGUUCAGCCCUUUGAGAUGGUUGGAUAUUUCUGAUAAGUCUGUUGCUCUUCCCCUUUAAAACAUGCAAAAAGGGUUUUAUAACAAACACCACUUUUGGUUUAUGGAUGGAAAUGGAUGCAUAUUUAAGUGUUUUUUGGCUACCUAGAUUCUUGUUUCAAGGAAUAACCUCUGUAGGCUCCUGUGCAAAUGCAUGAAUAUCUAUUUAGAGAUCAGUUGACUUGAAAGGAACCUACUCCAAGGUGCAUAUAGAGUUAAAAUUCUCAAAUGUGGAUGCUAUAAAUAAUUUUUAGAGGUAGUCUGAUAUAUAAAAACGUUAUUGUAAUCAAAUCUCCCCCAUCAGAAGGGCUGUUAAGAUUUGCUGCCCUUGGCAAGUGUUGUAAUUGAGGAAAGAUUUAAUUAGUUGCAAUAAUUAUCAAAGUAUAAAAACAGUUUUAGGCAACUUAAAUUGAUAAAUACUGUCCUAUAUAUUGGUAGGGAUAGCUGAGAAAUUGGAUACCAGUGCUUUCAAGACAACAAAUCUCUCCAAGAAACAAGGUGAAGAGAUCUUGAAGACCAGAAAUUGAAAUACUCUUUUAAUUAAUAAAAAAAAAAAAAGUAAAAUUCCCUGGCUGUGGAAGACGGAUCUUCUUUGCAGCCGGUUUGAAACAGAAGUUCCUCUUUGAAUGAACUAUUUAUUUUGAAGAGGCAAUUAACCACUGUUUCCAGCUUUCCUGGCUAUUCAAAUGGACUUACUUUCUCCAGUAGUUGUAAUUCACCCUUUAUCUGAAUUUUGAAUGAGGAUGCGAUUUGUGUCCUUGACAAUGUGAGGAAGAAAAAUCUUUCUAUCCCGUUGCUAUUUUAUGGAUUGAGUGUUGAUUCGACCUACAGGAGAAAAAUAACUGGAAGCUUUUGAAGAUCGUAUCUGCUGAUCAUACCAAGGAUUAUAUUUUAAAGAAGAUAUUGAUAAUCCUGUAUAGAAGAUUGUGCCAUUUUAAACAUCAGUGUGAUUAACCAUCACUGAAAAAUAACAAAAUUGUAUUCAGCCAUUUGUUUCUACACCUUAAGCUUGAAGGAAAUUAAUUUGAAUAUGUCUAACCAAGGAGAUGAUUGUUAUUUCUAUUUCUACUCUACUUGUACCAAGGGGGAUAGUUGCCCUUUUCGUCACUGUGAAGCUGCCCUUGGAAAUGAAACUGUGUGUGUGCUCUGGCAGGAAGGUCGAUGCUUCAGGAGUAUCUGCCGCUUUAGACACAUGGAGAUUGAUAAAAAGCGCAGCGAAAUACCAUGCUAUUGGGAGAAUCAGCCAUUGGGCUGUCAGAAAUUGAACUGUGCUUUCCACCACAACAAGGGACGUUUUGUGGAUGGGCUUUUCUUACCUCCAAGCAAGACUGUUCUUGCAAAUGUGCCUGAGUCUCCAGAAGAGGAGAUGAAGACUACACAACAAAACAAGCUUUCUGUUCAGUCCAACCCAUCACCUCAGUUGCGUGGAGUGAUGAAGGUGGAAAACUCUGAAAAUGUUCCCAGUCCCACACAUCCACCUGUUGUUAUUAAUGCAGCAGAUGAUGAUGAAGAUGAUGAUGAUCAAUUAUCUGAAGAAGGUGAUGAAUCUAAAAUGCCUGCUCAACAACCAUCUACAGAAAGUCCAAAUGGACUGCGGGUAAUUUCUACUCGGAAAUCAGUGACUAGUGCAAAUCAAGAUAAAGAUAAAAGUUUGAAUUUUGGAAUCAAGACUCUUGAAGAAAUAAAAUCAAAAAAAAUGAAAGAAAAGUCAAAGCAGCAAAAUGACAUUCCUUCUGAAAUGAUUGCUCAACCAAGCCCAGAGAAAGAAAAUGCACGGACUGUGGUCAGAACUGUAACUUUAUCUACGAGGCAAGGUGAGGAGCCUCGGAUUCGAUUAACUGUUUCAGAGAGAUUGGGGAAAAGGAAAUCUACCAUGGUCACUGAGACUGGAAUUCCAUUAAAGCGUAGCCUUGCUGAUAGAUUGGGGAAAAAAAUGGAUUCACUUGAAACUACAGAAAAAACACCAAAAAGAGUUCAAGUUCCCAGGUCUCUUAAAGAAAGGCUGGGAUUACCAUCUGAGCAAAGCAAUAUGGAAACAGAGUCUGCUGCCAAACCAACUGGUGAGAUCUAUGUUAAAACACUUGAAGAAAUUCGCUUGGAGAAAGCUAGCCAAAAAAAGGGAGAAAUGCACCCCAAACCAAAAGUUGAAGUGGCUUGUAUAACAAAUCCCAAUGCAGUGUCAAAAACUACAGUACGGAUCAAAACCUUUUCUGAAGUCUUGGCUGAGAAAAAACAAAAGGAAAUGGAAGAGGAGCGAAUAAAAACGGAAAAAGAGACCUUUUCCAAACCAAAGCAUGAGUGUGAAUCUCAGAAGGAAGGAUUUCUGGGAACCACUGUAUCUAAAAAAAGAAAAUUGGAAGAGUCUUCUGUCAAAGCCAAAGACUUUAUGGAAGUGCACAUCAAAACUCUGGAGGAAAUCAAGCAGGAGAAAGCUCACCGCAUGCUGCAAUGUUCGGAAAGCACAUCAAAGACACAGAUACAAUCUGAACGAACUAUAACUGGGAGGAGAAUGUUGUAUGUUACAAAAUUGACAGCUCCUGAAAAGGAAGAAAAAACUCUGGUAUUGAGGUCUUCUCCAAGAAUUUCUACAGGAGACAUUGCUACAAAGCCUUUGAAUGAUAGUGUGAGUAAUUCACAUUCUAAAGUCUAUGUGAAGAGCUUAGAAGAAAUAAGGAAGGAGAAGCAACGGUUAAAGCAGCAGCAACAACAAGAGGAAAAGCCCCAGGAACUACAAAUGAAUGUGACACUUGCUGGGGAAGAAAUAGCAGAAGCAAAAAUGCCAGAAGUGACUACAAACUCUGAAUCCCCAGUGACUAUGAGGAAAACCCGUCCACUUUCCAAAAGAUUGUUGGUGAGAUCUCAGGAGGGAACAUCAGAAGGCCUGAGACUUUGCCCUCAGAGUGCAGAACCAAAAACUAAGGUCAAACCCAAGAUGAAUGUGAAACCAUCUGGAGUGAAACCCAUUUCCCCAGCAAAGCAGACACUGAAGCAAAAAAUAUCAGAGAGUCAUCCCUCUGUUGUUGCUGCAGUGAAACCUCUGAGCCCUAUCACAAGCACAGAAAUGAAAAACUUUGCUUCUGAAAACACAGUUCUGGGAAGCACCCAAGAUCAUUCAAAUGAUAGUAUAACCACUAUGCCUAAGAAGGUGGAUUAUAACAGCUCUGACCAGGUUGCCUCCACGUUGCAAGCAGAGAUAGCAAACCCAAGUUCUUCCCGUGCAGCAGUAACAAAGACCCGCAGACUGAGCUCAACAGGAACUGGGAAGAUUCAAUCUUCAGUUGAAGAUGAUUUUGAUACGCUGAUUUGGGAAAUCUCAGGAGGCAAACUGGAAGCAGAGAUUGAUUUAGAUCCAGGAAAAGAUGAGGAUGAGCUCCUGCUUGAACUCUCUGAGAUGAUUGACAGUUGAUUUGCUACACAGCUUCAUUUUGAGAGAAAAUAAAAGCUAUAUGUUUUGUUGGAUUACCCUUUCUAGUAAGGAGAUAUGACAAGUCUUAAAGUACACUUGAAACUGCUUGAAGAACUUGGCUGCAUUAGUUUAUUUUGAAUUACCCUGCUGGUCAGAGAUAUGUCCCAACUAUCGCGCAUUUUAAAUAU